CUGGGCAGCCCAGUGUCUCCCUACCACCCCCUGCUGGUCAUCCAGGGGCGCUGGGCGGGAAGGUCCCUGGGAGGUGCAGCUGAGUCGGACUCCAGGGGUCUGCCUGAACUCUGACCCCCAACCUAUCUUGGAAUCCCCCCGGGAACGGGUGGACCCUGCUCUCCUGCUGGAGAAGGAGCUGGUCCCCAGAGCCAGGCCACCCUCCUUUCCAGUCCUCCCGGGAAGCUGGGGGCUGCUGUGGCCCGAGGGGCUUCCCUGGGCCCUGCGUGCUGGGCCUUCAACUCAGAGGGGCAGAGGUGGCCGUGGGAGGCUGGCCGGGGGGCCCAGAGUGGGGGCCAGUGUGUGGGACAGGGCAGCCACCUUCUGGCCCUGGAAAGGGACCCAGACUAGAGAGGCACCCAGGACAAAUGCUCCUUAGGAGGCUUGUCGGGUGAGGGGGAGAGGGUCCCCUCGGGACCUGGUCGUGAGGAUGGGGUGCUGAUAGUCUCUGGGAGCUCCUGGCUGGAUUUGUCCCUCACUUGGCAGUGUGACUCUUGGGGUCAGUAGCCACAGGCGCUGGGGCUGGGCUCUAUCUCUGCUGCUGCUGGGGCUCUGGCUCCCCCACCCUUAGCGGGGUUUAUCACACCUUGUCACGGAGCAGAUGGCUGAGAGGGGGCAGGGCCGUCCCCUAGGGUCCCCUUCCUCCCCUACAGCCAGGAUGCCCCCCUGCUGGCUGGGAGAUGCGGAGUCAAGUGUGUGUGUGUGUGUGUGUGUGAGAGAGAGAGAGAGGACCAGGGAAGGUGGGUCUGUGAGUUCACACCCAGGUGGGCCACAUGCCCAGGUACCCGGCUCCUGUUCACUGUCCUGCUCCGGCCCACAGUCCCCACAGACCAGGGGCCCUCAGGCAGCGGCGGCUGGUUUCAGGCUCAGCCCCAGCCCCGUCCAGCUGGGCCAGAGGCCGGCUUUCCCCAUGUGGAAAGAGGAGCGGAGCUAGAACACCUCGGGGUGCUGAGGAGUAACUGCUGUGGCAGGACGGUGACAGUGACGGGAAGGGGAGCUGGUGCCAGCCCCCGCGGGCGCCCGCAUCAUCACCAUCUAGCUGGAAGCCAGGUGCCCGGGCUCUGAGCGUCAGCAUUGGAAUCAAUCCUGUGGGGCCAGGGGCCUCACCUCAAGCCUUGUGACGGGGACAUGCAAGUCAGAGGCUGGCAGGGUCUCCAGUCCCAAGGGGCAGGUUGGCGCCUGCGGGCGGGCCCAGGAGGGAGAGGCUUGGACUCGGGUCCUGCCUGGGCAUGCUGGUCUGCAGCUGGGCCUCGCUGUGCUCUGAGCAGGUCCUCAGCCCUCCUGAGACUCAGGGUCCUCCUUGCAGAAUGAGGGACGCGGCCAGGCUCCCAGCCCUGAGCCCUGGGGUGGCCAGCCUCCUGGCCUUGGCCGUGCCCUCGCAGGGGCAUUCCUGAGCUUUCUCCCGCCCAGUGCCAAGGCCUGUUGGGCCCUGACUUCCUGUGAUCUUGCACCCUUUGUCCUGGGGUUCCUGUCCCAGAUGCCCCGGGCCGUGAGGUGGCCCUGAGGGCUGGAGCUGAUCUGAGCAGCACCUUCAGCAAGCCCCCCUGCGCCCUGGCCCAGAGCCAGGCUGACGGGUGGACCUUGCGGGAGCCCCUCUGCUGGGCCCUGCCCUCCCUGGGGUCCCCACCCAUGCCCUGUGCUACUGCAGGUAACAGGAAGAUGCGGCUCCCCUCUGGGCUGGCUCUGACUCCCGGGGCCUGGGCCCAGGGUCUGGGGGCAGGUCUGUGCAGUGGAGACAACGCGAGGGACCGGCCCUGGGGACACUGGGCUGUCCUGUCCAUGGCCUCAGGGUGCAGCUGGGCCAGGAAUGCCGGGACUGUUUGUAAGUGACGUGAGUCUCGGCUUCCUUAUCAGGGAGCAGGACGAUGACGGCAGACCCCCUGAGCUGUGCGCAGCGCCAGGGCUCCCUGCCCCAGCUCCACCUCGUGAAGGUGAUGGCAGCCCCUGCUCUGUCCUGGUGUCACCUCCUCCUCCUCCUCCUGCCUCUGGCGUCUGCAGUGGUGAAUGACACUUCGCAGCUCUCGUGCUUCUACAACUCCAAAGCCAACAUCUCCUGCGAGUGGAGCCGGGAGGGGGGCCCGCAGGGCGUGUCCUGCCAGCUCCACGCCAAGUCCAACGUCCGGCCCUGGAACAAGACCUGCGAGCUGUCCCCGGGCAGGCAGGCGUCCUGGGCCUGUGACCUGGUCCUCGGGAAGCCGGAUUCCCAGCCCGUGAACUCGGUGGACGUCCUCAACAUCAGCGUGGUCUGCUGGGAGGACGGGCGGUGGCGCCUGCUGAAGAGCCAGGCCUUCAGGCCCUUCCACAGCAUGCGCCUCUUGGCCCCCGACUCCCUCCAGGUCCUCGAGGUUGGGACCCACACAUGCAAUGUGACCUGGCGCACCUCCCUGGUCUCCCACUACAUCGAGUCCUACCUGGAGUUUGAGGUCCGCACGCGGUCCCCGGGCCACAGCUGGGAGGAGGCCGCCCUGCUGAGUCUCAGGCAGCAGCAGCAGUGGAUCUGGCUGGAGCAGCUCACCCCGCGCACCCUGUAUGAGCUGCAGGUGCGGGUCAGGCCCCAGCGAGGCGACCACACUGUGUGGAGCCCCUGGAGCCAGCCGCUGGCCUUCAGGACGAGGCCUGCAGCCCCUGGGAAGGAGCCCCUGUCUCUGCCCUGGUUCAGCCACACCAUCCUGGGCCUCGGGGUUGCCGUGGGCCUCAUGGUCUCCGUCUACUUCCUGGCCAACUUCGGGUACAUCGGGCCGUGGCUGAAGAAGGUUCUGAAGUGUCGCAUCCCAGACCCCUCAGAGUUCUUCUCCCAGCUGAGCUCCGAGCACGGAGGAGACCUGCAGAAGUGGCUCUGCUCGCCCCUGCCCUCCACCUCCUUCAGCCGGGGCGGCCCCGCGGCCGAGAUCUCGCCGCUGGAAGUGCUGGACAAGGACGCCAAGGCCACACAGCUGCUCCUGCUGCAGCAGGACAAGGCGCCCUCGCCCUCGCCCAGCGGUCACUCGCAGACCAGCUGCUUCACCAACCAGGGCUACUUCUUCUUCCACCUUCCCGACGCCCUGGAGAUCGAGCCCUGUCAGGUGUACUUCACCUUUGACCCCUGCGCGGAGGAGGAGCCCGAAGAGGGCGGGCCUGGGGUGCCCACGGGGUCGCCCCUGCCGCCCCUGCCGCCUGCGAACGGGGACGAGGAUGCCUACUGCACCUUCCCCCCAGGGGAUGACCUGCUGCUCUUCUCGCCCGGUCUCCUCGGAGGCUCCCCCAACACUGCCCCCGGGGGCCGUGGGGCCAGCGCAGAGAGGCCGCCCUCCUCCCUGCAGGAGGGAGCCCCCCAAGACUGGGGUCCCCAGUCCCUGGGGCCUCUUGUCCGGGCAGCCCCCAACCUGGUGGAUUCCCAGUCCUCCAUGGAGCUAGUCCUGGGAGAGGCUGGGAGGGAGGACCCUGCCCCCGGCCCCAGGGAAGGAGCCGACUCCUGCCUGGCCAGCCCUCCUGGGCAAGGCUGGGUCAGAGCCCCUACCUCCGGCCUGGCCCUGAACACGGAUGCCUACCUGUCCCUCCAAGAACUCCAGGGUCAGGACCCAGCUCACCUGGUGUAGACUGACGGCCAGUGGGGGAAGGCCAGCCAGCCGCUGCGCCAGGCCUGCAGAGGGGCGCGUUCUGUCCUUGAGGACAGUCCACUGCUGAGGAUGCUUGGUGUCCAGCUGCCCCCAGACAUCUCCAUCCAGAUGGCCCCACCCAGCCCCACAUACUCAAUUGCUGCUCCCUGGUCCCCCUGUCCAAGCCAGGAUCUGGGUCGGCCUCCCCUCCUCCUCUUUACUCAUGGAGUCCCAUGAGUGGAGCCUCUGAAGCACCCCUUCUCCUCCAUCCCACAGACAUUUGCUGACAUCUGUCCUCAGGGCUCCCAGGGGUCUUCAACCCAACCUCUGUAAUGGGCUUCCUGCCCCAGCCCCGCCCCCUCCCGCCCAUCCUCCACAGGACAAGUGCGCAUCCACAAUACAGAUGUAGCCAGGUCCCUCCCCUGCUCCAGACCUGCCAUGGCUCCCCAUUGCCCAGCUCCAUUUCUUGGCCUGGCACUUGCUCCUCCAGCAUCAUAUCAGGACUUUCCCAUCUGGACCCUCACCAGGGUCCUACUGAGCCACUUGGAGCUGCUUUGUAUCCCAAAACUUUGCGUGUGGUAUUUCCUGCACCUGGUAUGGCCUCCGCUGCAUCCUUCAAAUGCCAGGGCCAGUUCUGCUUCCGCCUGGGGAGAAACACUGCCUUCCUGAAUGUGCCCAAAUCUCCAGAUUCCACCGGGAAGGACCCACUUUUAGGAGCACGAGGUGGCUGGAGAAAGAGGCCCUGUUACUUAUUUUUGGGGCUUUCUCCUGGGCCCAGAAUGCUUGCAGGCUGCAUCCUAAAUGUGGCCCAAGUAUGGACAAAGCGCCCCUGCAGAAUGCCCGCUGCCGAUCUUUCCACGAUGGCCUCACGGCUCACCAGGGAGGCUUGCUGGAAAGUAAACCCUGGCGCGGCCAAGGGGCGCUGCGCCGGGGCCCACCUGCUCCGCGCUGAGCUGUCCUCCAGAAAGCGGGCCCUCAGUGUCUUUUCACUGCACUUGAUACCGCACCCCGCACCCCUCUGGGCUCCCUGGAUGAGCUGAUGGAGGGCAGGAUCCCGCACAGAGGCCAAGCCUGCCCCAGCAAGACGCAGCCCUCCCUGCCCAUUCAAGUGGCCCUGUCCUUCCCAGUGCUCCUGCCACUCCUCUGCUUCUCUGCCCUCUGCCCUGGGCACUGGUCACACCGGGGUGACCACAGCCUCGCUCCUCCAAAGGGCAGAGGCCAGACCGCAGCCGGCUGACUUGGGUACCCCGUGCUUGCGCUUCUUAUGGGUCCCGCUGGCAGCUGAUUGGGUGCCUGACCACAAGCCCACCCACAGGCUGAAACUCUGUCCAAUCAGGGAGACGUAGCCUUAUCUAGCCAAUCAGAUAACCUCUCAGUCUGAAUUCCGGGAGGGAGGGCGGCCUCUGGGAGCAGGUGCUUAUGGAUGAGGCUCCCAGAAGUGGAACCAAGUGAGCUGAGGGCAUCGGGAUCCUGACACAGAAACUCUAACUGCCCAGGGCGCUCUUGACAAUUUCUGUUUCUUUAGGCCAAAAUAAACUCCCCUUCCCUGA